CACAACUAGGAGUCUAGGACAGCACCCCCGCUGCUCCCUCUUCUCCCAGGCGGUCGGUCUCACUUCCCCUCUUCACUUCUCCUUCCUUGUUGUUCCCAAAAUCUCCCUAACAAUUUUCUCCUUCCGUUCCCAAAAGGGGCACGAAUUAUUUGCGCCCUUCCCCUCUCCCUCUCCCAUGGAAUCCUCCUCCUUCCCGGACCUCAACCUCAUCCCCUUCCUCAAGCUCGAGCCCAAGACCGAACCGGACGAUCCGGCCGAACCGGCGCUCGGCCCGGCCUGUCCGCUCGAACCGGCUCCCCCUCCUCCCCCUCCUCCGCUUACCCAAAACCCUAACCCUAGCCCCGAUCAUGGUUCCCUCCUCUCCCCCGAGCUCCACACCCCUCUCCAAGCCCUCUCCCCCAACCCCGACGAGGAGGCGCUCUUCGCGGAGUACUAUCGCCUCGCCCACCUCUUCCUCUCCGCGGCCGCCGCCGGCGGCCGCGGCGUCAUCGUCCCCGCCUCCGGCGCCGGCGGCGGAGGCGGCCGUGAUCCUCUAUCCAUCGUGCCGGCGCCGGCCUCCGGCCCCGGCGCCGGCGCCAUAGUCGUCCAGCAGAAGAAGCGGAAGGCGCGGUCGUCGGAGAUGGUGCGCGUCUCCUCCCUCGGCGUGCGCGACCAGAUCUACUUCCGCGACCUCGUCCGCCGGGCCCGGAUCACCUACGAGUCGCUCCGGUCGCUCCUCAUCCGCGAGGAGGAGAAGGCGGAGGCCCUCGGCCUCCUCGGCCGCCGCACGCGCGCCGACCUCCGCGCCGCCGCCCUCAUGGCCAACCGGGAGCUCUGGCUCAACCGCGACAAGCGCAUCAUCGGCACCAUCCCCGGGAUCGGCGUCGGCGACGCCUUCUUCUUCCGCAUGGAGCUUUGCGUCCUCGGCCUCCACGGCCAGGUCCAGGCCGGCAUCGACUACGUCUCCGCCAGCCGUUCCGCCAGCGGCGAGCCCGUCGCCACCAGCAUCAUCGUCUCCGGCGGCUACGAGGACGAUGACGACAAGGGCGAUGUCCUCAUCUACACCGGCCAUGGCGGCAGGGACCAGAAGCUCAACAAACAUUGCGUGGAUCAGAGGCUGGAGGGUGGCAAUCUCGCUCUGGAACGAAGCAUGGCUUACGGCAUCGAGAUUAGGGUCAUCCGAGGAGUGAAAUCCGACAAGAGCCCCACGGGAAAAAUCUACUUCUACGACGGGUUAUAUAAAGUCGUCGAAUACUGGUUCGAUUCAGGAAAAUCCGGUUUUGGAGUGUACAAAUACAAGAUGCUAAGAAUAGAAGGGCAAGAGGAGAUGGGCAGUGUGAAUCUCAGAAUUGCUGAAAACUUGAAGGUGAACCCACUGGGAGUGAAGCCGACCGGUUAUCUUAGCCUCGACAUGUCGUUAGGGAAAGAGACUUUCCCUGUUAUGUUGUUCAACGACAUUGACAAUGACCAAGAACCUUUAUUAUUUGAAUACCUUCCUCGCCCCAUUUUCCCAGCGUCUGCUUUACAAGGAAAGUUUGCGUACGGCGGGGGCGGGUGCGAGUGCUCUACGAAUUGCUCAAUUGGUUGCUUUUGUGCUGAGAGGAACGGUGGAGAGUUCCCGUAUGAUAAUAAUGGGAUCCUCUUAAGAGGGAAGCCUUUGAUUUUCGAGUGUGGCCCCUUCUGCCGGUGCCCGCCAAGCUGUCCCAACCGUGUAAGCCAGAAAGGGGUGAGGAACCGGUUCGAGGUUUUUAGGUCAAAAGAAACUGGAUGGGGAGUUCGGUCCUUGGAUGUGAUUCGGGCGGGGACAUUUGUGUGCGAGUUUAGUGGGUUUGUUCUUACUAAGCAACAGUCAGAUGUGCUAGCCAUGAAUGGGGAGAGUUUGGUGUAUCCCAACAGGUUCCCCUCCAGAUGGCAGGAGUGGGGAGACAUUUCUGACGUUAUCCCGGAUUAUGUGCCACCAAAUUUUCCUUUGUUGCCUGAUUUGGGUUUUUCGAUUGAUGUGUCUAGGGCAAGAAAUGUGGCUUGCUAUUUGAGCCAUAGUUGCAGCCCCAAUGUGUUCGUACAGUUCGUGCUGUUUGAUCACUACAAUGCAUCAUACCCGCAUCUCAUGAUCUUUGCGACGGAGAAUAUUCCGCCUUUUAGAGAGCUGAGCAUUGAUUAUGGAGUGGUGGAUGAGUGCGUGGGAAAGUUGAUGUUGGAGUCAAGUCAUUAGGAAAAUCAUCUAUUUUGAAGUUAAUAAUGCUGUUUUUGGGAAUGUUCCAUUACAAAGUGCUUUUGUGUGGCGAAAUAUCUUCCACCGUAAUGAUAUCUAAGCUCUUUACAUUUAAUCUAAGCCUUGUCCAAGUGAAGUUGGACCACUUCUCACAUAAGAAGAGUGAGGGUCACUGAGGAUUUUGUAAGCUGCGUGGACCUUCUCAUCUGUGGAUCAAAGCUGGUUAAUAUAUUAUUGACAUAUUCAGUGGUACUUUCGCGGGGCAGUACCAAAUCAAUUGAAAUUUUCAUCAUGGUAAGCUUUAGGGCAACAGGAAAAAAAAAAAAGGUUUGGGCCACCAGAAGAAGACUAGUUGACUCUUCAAGACUCAAAUUUGUAAUAUCGUUGAAUCUUGUUUGCGCAAGCUUUAUAAAUGAGUCUGUUUAUGUAUAUAUAUCUGUACAUUAUCAGAAUGCUCAUAAAUUUGGGUUAUGGGUACAGCUAUAAUGGUCUCAUAAUGUUCAAUUUGUUGUGUUGUCUCACAAAGCGAUUGUAUACAGAUAUCCGAGGAUAUCCCCAAGUAACAGAGCAAAGUAUAACUCGUCAGUUUGCUUUCUUAAUCUUGUUGAGAGAUUC